AGGUGGGUUGGCUAGAUAGCAGCAGGAGAGAGGGUGAACUGGGGCGCACGGGUUGGAGGCACUUCAGCCUCGGUCAGCGCCCACUGCAGCCCAGCCCAUCCUCUCAGCUCGCGACUCCCAGCUCUGAGAAUGCCUGCAGAAUGAUCGCCCCCCAGGGCGGCUGCUGCUGCUACUGUUACGGCUCCUGUUACCGCCUGCGUCUCCACUCUGCUCUGACUGGCAGGCGGAAAGUGCAACUGACGAGGAAAAGGUCUCUGCAGUGAGAGUGGAGUGGCUCCAUAAAAGAGAGUAAAGAGGAGGAAAAAAACCCAGAUCAGAAUGCAGGCGACAUCCAACCUACUCAAUCUCCUGCUGCUGUCUUUGCUCGCUGGAUUAGAUCCUUCCAAGACUCAGAUUAGUCCUAAAGAAGGCUGGCAAGUAUACAGCUCGGCCCAGGACCCUGAUGGACGAUGCAUCUGCACAGUGGUGGCUCCAGAACAAAACCUGUGUUCCCGGGAUGCCAAAAGCAGGCAGCUCCGCCAAUUGCUGGAAAAGGUUCAGAACAUGUCCCAGUCUAUUGAAGUCUUAAAUUUGAGAACUCAGAGAGAUUUCCAAUAUGUUCUAAAAAUGGAAACCCAAAUGAAAGGGCUGAAGGCCAAGUUUCGGCAGAUUGAAGAUGAUCGGAAGACACUAAUGACCAAGCAUUUUCAAGAGUUGAAGGAGAAGAUGGAUGAGCUUCUGCCCUUGAUCCCUGUGCUGGAACAGUACAAAACAGAUGCCAAGCUGAUCACCCAGUUCAAGGAGGAAAUCCGCAACCUAUCUGCUGUUCUCACUGGGAUUCAGGAAGAAAUAGGUGCCUACGACUAUGAGGAACUCCACCAAAGGGUGCUCAGUUUGGAAACCAGACUUCGUGACUGCAUGAAAAAGCUAACAUGUGGCAAAUUGAUGAAAAUCACGGGCCCAAUUACAGUCAAGACAUCUGGAACUCGGUUUGGUGCCUGGAUGACAGAUCCUUUAGCUUCUGAAAAAAAUAACAGAGUCUGGUACAUGGACAGUUACACUAACAAUAAAAUUGUCCGUGAGUACAAAUCAAUUGCAGACUUUGUCAGUGGAGCUGAAUCGAGGACAUACAACCUCCCUUUCAAAUGGGCAGGAACUAACCAUGUUGUCUACAAUGGCUCACUCUAUUUUAACAAGUAUCAGAGUAACAUCAUCAUCAAAUACAGCUUCGACAUGGGGAGAGUGCUUGCCCAACGAAGCCUGGAGUAUGCUGGCUUUCACAACGUUUACCCCUACACAUGGGGUGGAUUCUCUGACAUCGACCUAAUGGCUGAUGAAAUCGGACUGUGGGCUGUGUAUGCAACUAACCAGAAUGAGGGCAAUAUUGUCAUCAGUCAACUGAACCAAGAUACCCUGGAGGUGAUGAAGAGCUGGAGCACUGGCUAUCCCAAAAGAAGUGCAGGGGAAUCUUUCAUGAUCUGUGGGACCCUCUAUGUCACCAACUCCCACUUAACUGGAGCCAAGGUGUAUUAUUCCUAUUCUACCAAAACCUCCACAUAUGAAUAUACGGACAUUCCCUUUCAUAACCAAUACUUUCACAUAUCCAUGCUUGACUACAAUGCAAGAGAUAGAGCUCUUUACGCCUGGAACAAUGGUCACCAGGUCUUGUUCAAUGUCACCCUUUUCCACAUCAUUAAGACGGAGGAUGACACAUAAGCAAAUGUAAUUUGUUUUCAUUGAUCUAAAUAGUGUCUCUUAUGAUAAACUCUAUAGGACCCCUUCUGUUUUUUCUUUAUUACAUCAUUUCUCCAAAGCAUUUUUUUAUUGCAAAGUGGUUGUUUCAAAAAAACAGCUGAGCCUGUCUAAAUGAACCUGUCCGAAACACAUCUUAAUUCCUAAAUUUACAAGGCCUAUCAUGUCCUUGUCAUGAAAAGCACUAAAAAGAGCUUAAGUGGCUAAAGUCAUAGUUUUGCAAAAGAUUAAUGAUCUGCCUUAUAUUAGAGUCAGAGACUAAUGGUGGCUUAAAUGCAUGAAUGUCUUUUUUUUUAACUGUCAUUUUUUACUGUCUUUUGCUCCAUAUCAGGAAAUAUUUUGGUAGGAAGUAGGGAAACAAAGCACUUUCCCCCCAUUUAUUUCUACAAAAGAUUUAAGGAUUUUAUUUAUAUUGAAAAGUAAUAUUAAUCAUUUUGCUGUUAUACAAUUCUCCUAUGCGGUGCUGUACAGUCAUUUUUAAAUCUCUUGCUAACAUUUUAUUGGCGAUAUGGAUUUCUAUCAUUGUAACCACCAUUGUGCAAUUGUAUCUCUUCACUUCUGUGAAAGCAAGUAAUAUUUUUUAUAAAAUACACUGAAGUUU